UUCUCUGUUUCGAAUCAGAAGCUUUUUUUUUUUCAUUGUUCUUUCAAAUCGAAAUGAAACGAAACGAAACGCUGUGAUUAUAAUUCUGGACGGAAUAUUGAUGAAGUUCUCUGUAGAUUUUACCUUUCUGUAACUGUUCUUAUGAGUGUUUUCCCAUUUGUAUUUCUUGUUAUUGGUGUCAAUGACGGAAGUCGGACGGAGAUUCUGUGUCGGGUAUGCGCUUAUGCCGAAGAAGCGGAGGAGUUUCAUACGAGAUUCGUUGGUGAGGCUUGCGGAGUCGCGAGGUAUCGAUCUUGUUCGGAUCGAUACGGACCGGCCGCUUGUUGAUCAAGGAGCCUUUGAUUGCGUUCUCCACAAGCUGUAUGGUGCGGAUUGGAGGAGGCAGCUGGAAAAUUUCAAGGUUGUGAAUCCUAAUGCGGUGAUUUUGGACUCCCUGGAUGCGAUUGAGAGGCUUCACAACAGGAUUUCCAUGCUUCAGGUGGUAUCGGAGCUGAAGAUUGAAAAUCACGAUGAGUCGUUCGGGAUUCCGGAGCAGAUUGCGAUUUACGAUAAGGAGAAACUAUCUGAUCGGCGAGCUUGGGAGGCCUUGAAGUUUCCAGUCAUUGCGAAGCCAUUGGUGGCCGAUGGCAGUGCCAAAUCGCAUAAAAUGGCGCUCGUGUUUAAACAUGAUGCCUUGAACAAGGUUAAACCUCCCAUUGUCUUGCAGGAGUUUGUUAACCACGGCGGCGUUAUAUUCAAGGUUUAUGUGGCUGGACAGCACGUGAAAUGCGUCAAGAGAAAGUCGCUUCCCGACGUUUCUGAGGAGAAAUUGGACAGCGUCGAGGGUUUGCUAUCGUUCUCUCAGGUAUCGAACUUGACGAACCAUGACAGGGUUGAUGAAAAGUACUAUCAGAUGAUGCAGUUGGACGACACCGAGAUGCCGCCGUUGAGUUUCGUCACCGAUAUCGCCAAAGGAUUGAGGCAUGCGAUGAAGCUCAACCUCUUCAACUUCGAUGUGAUGCGGGAUUCGAGAAACCGGAACCGUUACCUCAUAGUUGAUAUCAAUUAUUUUCCUGGUUUUGCGAAAAUGCCAGGUUAUGAGAAGAUUUUAACAGAUUUCUUCUCUGACAUUAUGCGAAUGAAAGACAGAGAGCUCGUAAAAGCUUGGUUCGAGAAUGAUGCCUCGGAGCCGCCUGCCUUCGAUAAAAGGCAAGUGAACAAUUGUGAAAAUGAUUCUAGAAAUGUUGUGAUGCUUACUUGCAUCAGUAAUGGGGAUGGAGGAGGUUAAACAAUACUUGCAAGCAUAAUUUCUGUUUCUUUUUCAUUGACUUAGAUUCUAAUCCAAAUUGAAUUUGCUAAAAGCAGGAUGUUCUGCUUCUAUUCAAGAUCUGAAAUGAGUUAUAGUUACUAGUUCAUAAUAUGGUGAAGAACAGGAAGGUUCCCCUGUUCGCUUUACCUCAAAUUUGCCCCCCCCC